GAACUAUAUUCGUUUGUCGAUUUCCAGUGAGGAAACCAUAACUUGUUAUUUCAUAAACACAAGGGGCACUGGGUCAUCAUGAUUUUUGUUGGAUUGCAGUUUUUGUUCCAUGCUUAACUUUUAGUGCACGCUAUCGGGAAUAACAAUAACACUAUAACAACCAACAGAAACCCACAGUGUGGAAACGUUUAGAGAUGUCCUCUUGGUAGGCUACUGUAAUAGGGUUUAUUUCCGUCCUGUCAUUGUAUAGUGCGUCUCCUCGGUGUCCCACGUGACCAGACCGGCCCAGGGCAGAAUUAAUCAGAAUUUAAUUUUAUUUCUCCGGACCAUGUCGCCUCUCUCUGGACGCCAACGUUUUACGCGCAACAGACUGAACAAGUGAUACAAUUCAAUUUCGAGCGACUUUUGGUGAAAGUUUGUGAGGAACAAACAUGUUAAACACUAGGAGGAACAGUUGUCGUGGAAGUAUUUCUGGAAACAGUGGCCCAGCGACUCACUGUAGAUAUGAGGUUUCGACCUCUGCGCGCCGCCGGUCUCUGUCCGAGGGCCCUGCGCGCCGCAGGGGCUCCAGCUGCGCCUACUCUGUCUUUGGACCACCGAGCGACGAUUACGCGUCAAGUCUGAAACAGACGAUAUUCACCAUCACGAUCCGGUUCAUGUUGGCAGUGGAUUUGUGGAUCUCAAAGAAACUGGGCGUGUGUGCCUGCGAGGGGUCUUCUUGGGGGGGGAUUCGGCCCCUGGUGAGACUCGUGGAAAUCUCUGGACACGGGAUCCCCUGGUUUAUUGGCACACUGUACAGUCUCCUGCGUGGGGAGACCAUCGCGGAGAAGGAGAUCAUGUUGAAUCUCGCUUUCGCUCUGCUGCUGGACCUUCUGCUGGUCAGAGUGGUGAAGAGGUUUGUUCGACGCCGUGUCCCGCCGCAGACCCGCUCCGACAUCUUCUCCUCCUUCUUCGUGGAGCGCUACUCCUUCCCGUCGGGCCAUGCGUCGCGGGCCGCCAUGUGCGCCCGCUUCAUCCUGGUGCAGCUGGCGGACACGACGGCCAUGCGGGUGCUGGUGCUGGGCUGGGCGGUCGCGGUGAGCCUGUCCCGCCUGCUGCUGGCCAGACACUACGUGACGGACGUCGGCUUCGGGCUGGCGAUGGGCUACUGCCAGUACAGUGUGGUGGAGAGACUGUGGGUGACACGGGACCUCCUGCUGGACCUCCUGCUGACGCUACUGGGCCGGCUGGCGGGGAUCAUAACCUAUAUAACAGAGCUAUACAUCAGAUAAAGAGAUGAAGAACAGAUAAAGAACCUAUGUAACAGAUACAAGAAUGUAUAUAACAUAAAGGAAGUUAUAUUACCGAUAAAGAACCAAUAUAACAGAUACAGAACCUAAAUAACAGAAAAAUAAGUUAUAUAACAGACUAAGAAAGCCUAUUACAGGUAAGGGAAAGUAUAUAAAAGAAAAAGAUAGAUGCAAAAACACACAAUAUUUACAUAUCUGGCAUUCAAUAUCCACUUUAGUCAAAUUAAUAUUUUUUUCUUAGCUGUAUGAUUAGUUCUGGUCCCAUGUGUGUGUGAGCAGACCCCAGCCAUUGAGGAGGAGGAGUUCAUAGUAGGCCUAUUCAUUGGAGAUACAGCAAUAUUCUACCACAAAGAUAUGAUAAUUUUAUUUUAUUCUGACUCCUGUCCUGCAGCAGGUUCCUGUUCUACAGUACAUAUAACAUAUAAAAGGAAAAAAGUCACAUCACACGUCAAAUUGACAUACAGCACGUAACAAGAACAUAGCAUGUCAGACAUCAGACUGAACACACACAGUGGUCUAUAAACCUUCAGUAUUUGCAAGUGUAGGUACUGAGGAGUAACAGUUGGUGCAUUUUUGGAACUGUGUGAUGGAUUGUAAUGCUCUAAUGUGUUGAGGGAUUCCCUUCCAGACUUUGGUGAAAGCAUGCAUGAAGGACCUCUGCCCAUAGCCAUUAUGGUAUGCAGGCACUGGGUGGAGCGCCAUGGCAACUCAUCUAGUGAAAUGCCCUAGGGGCACGUUUUGCGAUGGUAAGAGAGAGAUGAGUGUUUGUGAGGUACUGUGUUAGAGUUGAAAGUGAAAUCUGAUAGCAUGAGCGUGAGUGCAGUGCAGUGGUGUGUCCAUUUUGGAAGAUUACUGUGGAUCUUUGAAGCUUGGUUGUAUAGCCGUGCGAUUGGUUCAGUAACUUCCUCUGUGGUGAGAGACCGUAUUGGUAAACAGUAAGAAAUGUGAGAGAAUACAAUUGCCUGCAGGUAGGUUUCGGAGACAGUAGAGGAUAGGUAUGUUCUAAUGUUGUUAUAUACGUAUGGUUUCUGAUUUAACUUUUUAGUUAACUUGGAUAUAUGGUCCACGGUGUGUGAGGUGUGAGUCAAGAAACACAUCCAGACACUUAUAUGUUUUGGCGAUAGCAAGAUUUUGAGUUUAGAAUAAGAUAUGACUGGUGAAGGACAAAUGCUUUCUGGAUGGGUGGAAAUGUGUACAUUCAACAUUAAUGGUUAAGUGAUUCUCAUUCAACCACUGAUGCAAGUUUUGGAGAUAAGAUGACAGUUUGGAGUUUUUAAAAUGAUGUUGAUUGUUUUUGCCUGUUGGGUUAUCAAAGCAGGGCUUUAUUCUUUCAAUCUGCCUAUCAAAAUUAGCACGUGGACAAUUACGAAUCUUUGUGGUUGCAUAAGAAAUUGUGCGCAUGCGAGACAUGGCCUAAUUGCACAACACAGCCGCUUGCACCAGCCAAAGUAACUAGUGGACUUCCUUGGUCCAACUCGGUCCCAUAUAAUAGGCACUGGUGGCCUGAUAUGAAUGUUCACUAUAGUGCCCUGGUAUGACUGUUAACUUUAGUUCCCUGUUAUGACUGUUGACCAUAGUGCCCUGGCAUGACUGUUGACUAUAGUGCCCUGGCAUGACUGUUGACUAUAGUGCCCUGGUAUGACUGUUGACUAUAGUGCCCUGGUAUGACUGUUGACUAUAGUGCCCUGGUAUGACUGUUGACUAUAGUGCCCUGGUAUGGCUGUUGGCUAUAGUGCCCUGGUAUGACUGUUGACUAUAGUGCCCUGGUAUGACUGAUGACAAUUGCCCUGGUUUGACUGUUGACUAUAGUGCCCUGGUAUGACUGAUGACUAUUGCCCUGGUUUGACUGUUGACUAUAGUGCCCUGGUAUGACUGUUGACUAUAGUGCCCUGCUAUGACUGUUGACUAUAAUGCCCUGGCAUGACUAUUGACUGGUGGCCUGGUAUGACUGUUGACUUUAGUGUGCUGGUAAGACUGUUGACUAUUGCCCUGGUUUGACUGUUGACUAUAGUGCCCUGGUAUGACUGUUGACUAUAGUGCCCUGCUAUGACUGUUGACUAUAAUGCCCUGGCAUGACUAUUGACUGGUGGCCUGGUAUGACUGUUGACUUUAGUGUGCUGGUAAGACUGUUGACUAUAGUGCCAUGCUAUGACUGAUGACUGGUGCCCUGGUAUGACUGUUGACUAUAGUACCCUGGUAUGACUGUUGACUGGUGGCCUGGUAUGACUGUUGACUGGUGGCCUGGUAUGACUGUUCUCUGGCCAUCAUGCCGUCCACAGAGAAAAGACCAGCAGGUGAGAGUGUCCUAGUAGACAUGCAGCCAUGCAGAGGCUAAAAUAAACCCACCCAGACCAAGAUAGUCCACAGAGAGCAUAGAUGGCUAAUAACAGUGUGUGUAUGUGUGUGUGUGUGUGUGUGUGUGUGUGUGUGUGUGUGUGUGUGUGUUUGUGUGUGUGUGUGUG